AGCUAUUUAGCAGUUUUAUAUUUUAUGAUAAUCUAAAAUUUGGUGUUAGAUGGGUUAAAAAUUUGGUCAAAAUGAAAAUCAAUGCAAAUUUGGUGCCUCAAAAAGCACACUACUUUCUCAUUUUUGCUGCUACUGCGCCCAUGCUCCCCUUCCUCCCACUGUUUGGUCGUCAGCUAGGAUUGCAGGGAGGCAUAACACUGACCUACACAGUGCUACCAUUUGCGGGUGUGCUGGCCAAGCUGCUAGCUGGAGGCAUUGCUGAUGCUCGCAAUAGUCAUAAAAAAAUUCUUAUCUUAUCACUUGCAAUAACAGCUUUGGGCUUAUUCAGUUUGUACUUCACACCAUCCAUCCCAAAGUCUGUAAUUGAAAUAAAGAACACAAACAUCUCAGUUGAUUGUAGUGCCACCGGCUCCUACAUCCGGCACCAUCAUCAUCAGACUCCCUGUGGACGUGAAGAUUACCUUGCCACCAUCAGUGGUCACAAGAAUGCUUCAUGCUAUAUAAAGUGCUCACCCAACUCAACCGACGUCCUCCACGAGAUGUGUAAAGCCUGGAAAGUCUCUGACCAGCAAUGUAUUGAAUCCAUUUCAUUUUCAUCAGUGGAAGACCUUUUCCUUGCUGAACGAGUUGAAUCUGAAUCGUACAUCCCAAUUAUUGAAGCCACCAUUGAUACCUUGAACUCGUCAUCAGUGAACUCUUCUCUGUCUCACCCUCACUGUACAACAACUCUUCGACUGCACCAGUGUCAAGGCCUGUGUGACGAUUCCAAACUCAUGGCAUAUUUGGAUGCUCCUGAAGAGCCACCUACCUUGAGCGAAGUCCUGCAUUACCCGCAGUUUUGGAUGUUCCUGUGCCUCAUGCUGAUAGCUUGGUCAAGCUUUGCCAGCGUAGUUACCCUCUCUGAUACCAUCUGCUUCAUGUUGCUAAGAGACUACGGUGGGCAAUACGGUCAACAAAGAGUGUGGGGAGCUAUUGGCUGGGGCACGUUCGUCGUCUUGGCAGGAGCGCUCAUCGAUACAGUGUCUGGGGAUGCUGUCGAGAAGGACUACACUCCUGCUUUUCUCCUUACGCUCGCUCUCUUUAUCCUUGACAUCGUCACUGUUACAAGGAUCAAGUUGGGCCAACCCGCUGCACCGUGCGGAGACCAGCGCUCCAAGCGUUUAGCUCUCUGUUCCUGUAUGCAUAACGGCCCUGCUGUUCUGCACCUGUUGGGUCAGCCCAAAGUGUUGCUCUUUGUGCUGAGCUGCAUUGUUGUUGGGGCUUCUACAGGUGCCCUCUGGACAUACCAGCUUAUGCUUGUAGAAGAAGUUGCUGCUGCUUGGACGUGCGGAUUCCGUUGGAUCAAACUAUUGGACGGCCUCAUGUUGGGCGUGCAGUGCUUUCUGGGCGAGCUGCCGUUCUUCAUGCUGGCUGGACGGAUAUUGAAAAAGCUUGGCCACGUCACAUGCAUGACCGUCGUUGUCGUCACCUUCGGUUUGCGCUUCAUCCUCUACAGCGUGGUGCAGAACCCGUGGCUGUUCCUGCCUAUCGAGGUGCUGCAAGGCCUAACAUUUGGCCUCUUCUACACGACCAUGGCGACGUACGCCAGCGUCGUCACUGUCCCGGGCGCCGAGGCUACAGUGCAGGCGCUGCUUGGGGCUUCUUUCGAAGGCCUCGGUGUAGCCAUCGGAGGGUUGGUGGGCGGAGUGCUGUUCUUCCAGUACAGUGGACAGACGAUGUAUUUCGCCUUUGGGUUAUUCAACGUCAUCUUUGGCGUGCUCUUUGCGCUGCUAAAUUACCUCCUGCAAAAGUGUCAGCCCGGCAGCGCUGACUACUCUCCACGUCACCCUGUGUCGAGCACUGAGCCCAUCGCAGACAUGGAUGAGGCUGACGCGCCCUUGGCUCUUCAUUCGUGAUACAGCGAGUGCCACUGAAACAGAACGCGAGCCUCGCACCUGCUCGACUGGCGCAUCUCCAUCGUCUGAACUUCCUCACUAACGGCUAUUGUCGCCAUCGUUCGUAAUUUGUCCUUGACGGAUGACGGUUAAUGUCGCCAUCGUUUGAACUUUGUCCUUGACAGUUAAUGUCGCCUUCGUUUGAACUUUGUCCUUGGUUAAUGUCGCCAUUGUUUGAACUUUGUCCUUGACGUUAAUGUUUCCAUCGUUUGAACUGUCAUUGAUAAUUAAUAUCGAAAUUUUCUUAACUUCGUCAUUGGCUGUUAUUAUCGCCAUGUUUUGAACUUCGUCAGGGUUGGUCAAUAUCGCUAUUGUUUGAAAAUGAGUGAAAAUAGCUUGUUUAUUUUACCAAGGACAUAAUCGUUAAUAAUGAAUGCCCUAGCUCUGCAUUCCUAAAGGAUGAUGGUUCAAACAGUGUUAUUAUCAAGUGCUAUUGUGGGCAAAGUCGAAACUUUGUUUUGACAUUAUUUCAAUAACGACAUUGCACCACGAAGGUUCCAAUGAUGAAGUCUUUACUUUCGGUUUUGGCUGUGUUUUUGGUUUGUCCGUUUCCCAUUUGACGACUGGUAUUGUGGUGGGGUAUUUUUUGAACUCGUGGAUGCGGAUUGAGUACUGGUUGAUUGGAUGAGUACUGGUUGAUUUUUUAAAUACAUUUUGAGUUGACCUCGUCAGUCUGGUAUACCAACACUACCCAUUGACGUAUGUAAUAUUUUAUUUUCACACGUCAUUGACCAUACCAAAUUCUUGUUAAUCGCUGUUUAAGUAUUUGUUGCUGACUUAUUGAAGUGCAAUUUUGAGUGCAUAAGUUUCAUCAAUCGUGCAUUCCAGGGUUAUCUGAAAAUCGAUGUAUUCGAUAUUGUCUCAAAUAGUUCAAGAAAAUCAUGAACGUCUAGUUGUUGUUGUUGUUUGUUUUACUUUAACUUAGGGAUCUCAUUGUCUUUUAAUUUCAAGUGAAGUUUUUUCUUAGUCUAUUUUCGAUUCAACUAAGCCGUAUUCAAUACAAAGGUUUUAUUUGACAAAUUAUCUCUAGUAUUUUAAGACAUUUCAUAUUAUUUCCCUUUUCAUGAACAUUUUAUUUACUUGGUAAGCACUGAUCCUAUAAAACUUCUAUCUCUUUUUGAAAGACAUAGUUUUAGCGUUCACGAAAUUCAUAUUGUAAAUAGUUGUUAUUGUGAAAUGUUGUUUUAACAGUGAUUCUGAUGACGAAGUAAAAGAAGUCUCAUAAACUCAGCAGGUUUCUUGGUCAGAAAGGUUCGCUGUAAAUGAUGUCCAAUGUAGGAAGUAUGACUGCAGUAUCCAGGCUACGUUGUCAACUUACGCACUUUUUCAGACCUGCGCCCUAGUUUGCGAUUACGGUCGAGUUAUGCGCUUUGUAUAUGUACGCUUUCCAUGACGCUAAAUAUGGUGUAGCUACUCCAAAGAAAUCUUUUCCAAUGCAGGGUUUUAUUCGUGAUCUUCGAAGAUGUAUGAUGGUUCUUGUUAUCUUCAUAAUAUGAGUAUUAUUUAUUUUGCCCAAUCCUUAUUUAUUUUGCGCAUGGUAACCGGUAAUCAUAUCAGUUAUCUGAUGAAUGCAUUUAGUUGGUUGCUGUAUAACCAUGACAUUCAUAGCAGCACUCUGCUUGCCUGCAAUCUAUGAAGGAUUGUAGGUUGAUUAGCAGUACGUAACUCAUUCCAAUUAAUUUGCCGAGACAAGUUAAUAGCAUUCCUCAUUUAAAGAAGCUUUCAUGUAUUCUAAUAUUAUUAAAACGUUAGACGCGAUUCAUUGUGACCAUUCUCUGACAUCAGUUCAAAUUUCCAAAGCUGUUCUUGCACUGCACAUUGCACUGUUGUCGAGUAUUAAUGUGGGAGUUGAAUUUUUCGGAAGUUGUUGCUAGUAAAGAAUUGUCUUUACUCUCGUUUCUGUGUCGUAUUAUAUACUACUUUGUAUUAAUCUGCUGCGUGUUGUUGGUCAAUUUUUGAUGAUGGUAAACUUUGAUAGCAUCUAAUGCUGACGCACACUUGCGGAGCUGAAACUAUUUUAAUUUUCGUGCUGGGACCAAAGAGUGAUGACUGGGGACGUAUUAGUCUGCAAUCCUAGCUGCCAAUGCCCGAUUUCAGUUAAAUAUAGAAAUAUAUUUCAUAUAAAUAUUUAUUUAAAUAGGUUUAAAUUUCAUCUCAGAUCGACCUGAAAUGAACAAAGCAGAACUGUAAGUUCAUUAUUCUUAUUCUUCCUUUUUAGCGCAUUUUUUCA